GUGAACGGUUUUCAUGAAACGACAGCCAGUCGUUCGAAUGCAUUCUCGCCAGCAAGUUCUACAGUGAAUUGUGGCCGAAAAGAAAGCAAGUAUUAUUUCUCGUGCGAAACUGUUGUGUCCCACUGGGGAAAAGACGGCGGAAGAACGAGAACUAUGAGACGCAGUCGAUGGACCAAGUUAUGUGAAGAACAAAAAUUGUAAAAAAAAAAACGAUAAAAGGAAUACAAUUUAUAUGACCAAAAAACUGGAUCCUAUUCGAUGACAAAUAACCACGAAGAUCAAAGGUGUCGAGCAAAGGCUGCGAUAACGGGACGAGCAUAUAACUGUCGUGACGUCUCAGGAUAAAAAAUUAGAUACGAAGCAGAAAGUGAUGGAAUAAAAACGAAAACUUGCUGAUACGAACUAGAGAAAUCUACUGAGAGAUUAUAAUUAGAGAAGCAACGAGUUUAUAACGAGUAUCGCUUCAAUAACUGUAUGCAUGCAUAUUUUUUGUAUGUACAGUUGUUCGUCUUGUAAAUAGGAAGAAUAUAUAUACAUGUAGUAUUGACUUUCUAAGAGAUUGCAAUUAUGCCAUUGUGAAUUCAUGAAUCAACGUUGAGGGAUUUCUGGAAAGGCUUCUUCAGACAUUCUCGGCUGGGUGCUGGUGGAGCAGGUUUCUUCUAGUUGCAGGAGCGCGAUUUCGAUCGGACGAAAUGCGUGACUUAACGAUGCCGAUCGACAGCUCACCAAUGAGAUCAAAUUUACGCCUGAACAUUCCCGAAACUACACAUAAGAUGUCACAAUUCAUAAUUGAAGAUUCGGAUUCACGCUCAGCAAGGUCUACGCCGUUCACAGAUUCAGACAGCAAUAGUCCGGAGCUGGACUGUAUGAGAAUUAAGAACUUAAAUCUACAAGGACACGUGGAGAAGCCCUUAUUCAACCUGAUGUACAGCUCCGAUGAGUUUGAAAGUUGUGAUUCGAGUCAUGAGUCCGAAAAUUCUCUAUAUUCGGACGAUUCUGUAUCGUCGUCUGGAAUAUGCGAAAAAGUCAUUAACCGUGACCGUCAAUUUCAGAAUACAUGCACUGUUUCUAACAAAUGUGACGAUAUUAUCAUGAAAUUAAGAAACCUCCGAGUUCUGGAAAGUGAUUCAGAAACGGAAACGGAACUAGAGAUGUUCCAAGAUGAAUAUGAAAAUCGGAAGAACGUCAAUUCUUCCUUGAAAUGCGUAACAGUUAAUUAUCUAAAUAUAUUUGACGAAAGUAACGACACUCUCUCGAACACGAAGAAAAAAGGCAGCAAAGAUUUAACAUCCGAUAACGAUGAGGAUGAUGAUGAUGAAGAUGAUGAUUUAGUUUCGCGUGGUCCAAGUAGAACAAAAUCUCACACAUCAGCAUUCGAACCAUAUGACAAAUCACUCAAUGGAUUCGAGUGUAAAGUCAAAGAGAUAUAUGCGAAUGAUCAAUAUAGACGUCGUAUUGAUGACGUCAUAAAUACAAUCCGUGAAGGAUCCUCGAUAAAUGGAUCAGAUAUUUCAGUAGAUAUUUCAAACCAGAACAAUAUCCAUAUUAACGAACCAGUCGAAUGCGCACUGGAUUCAAAUGAAUACAAUAGCAUACACAGAGAGAAAUGCUCGUCCACUAUUAUCGAUGCUGCAAGUCCCUCGAGUUUUCCAAUGAGCAAUUCAGGUUAUCCAGACAAUAGUUUGACAACAAACGUAAUGCUGAAUAAUUCAUUACAGAUCGUGCCCGACUGCCGAGUUCCUCAAGGAUCACCAUCAUCGUCGUCGAUGACGUCAUAUACCACCAGUACCAUUACACCUAGUCCAUCGAAUUUUCAAAGCAUCGUAGAUUCCCCAAUAAAUAUGCCAAUAUUUACAGAGCACAGUCAGGCAGAGAACGAUAGUAAACUGUGCAAAACGAUAAACGAAGAUACAUAUAACUUGAAUGACCUGAACUAUUCAAGUUUCUGGGCACAUUCGAUAAACGAAAGAGAAAAAGCGGACACGUGUUCUGGAAGAUCUUCGAUGAACAAUUAUUCAAAUGAUAUUAAUGAAACCUAUUUCCCACGUCAGAUUGGAGAUUCAUAUGGCACGGAAAACAUAUUUAUUAUUGGUGAAAAUUCUCUUAUGCACUCCGAUGAGCAGAGUUCCAACUGCACCCAACAUUCUGGUCUUAUUGAAAAAACACAAACUAGUUUGUCAGAGGAGUUACUUCAGUCGACCAAAGAAGACCUGCCAAGUUUCAUAAUGAAUAGUCCAACGAGCAGCGAGGGAUCCAGCACUUCCAUCCACCCUUUCGACAGAAGUUACUUAUUCUACCAUCCAAUCACGCCACAAUACGGAUCAAAUACAGAUUUGAAUAUACCAUAUGGUCAACAGUUGACACCACUGUAUUCACCAGCUUCGUCAACAAUUUCAUCCCCAACACCACCCGUAGAAACUGUCAGAUCAGAGCCUAAGAGAGUGCCUAAACCACCGAUUAUAAAACCUUGGCCAACUUUAAAUCUGCCGUCGACAGAUGCCUCCAAGAGAUUAAUAGAAGGACUAGACGUAGAAGACGGGAACAAAGCAUUGCAGAGCAUGUUGGCAAAGUCCGUACAAUAUCUGGCAAGUAGCGAUAAUAAGAAAAAUACACAACUAAUGCGAUUAGUUCGAGACCCGAAUUUGUUGAGAAACAAACGAAACAGAGCUUACUUGAUACCGCUGGUAGAGAGAAUUGGUGAAAUUCAAGCUAAUUUGUCAGCAAAGAAUGACUUCGGCGAGGAUGCUCUAUAUUUAGCAGCAAUGAAUUGUUUUGAGAUGCCUUACAUUGCUGGAUACUUGGCCGCUUUCAUGAUCGAUAAGGACAUCGAUAUCUCAAAAGUAGUAUAUCAUACAAAGGGUGACACGCUCGUUCACGCCGUGGCAGCGAAAGGGGACACGCACGUGAACGUUCUCUCUGAAUUACUGACGCUCAAAACAAAGGAUAAGAACGACCUGUUUGACUUGACGUCGUGCAAUUACGACGGUAAAACAGCUUUGCACGUGGCCGUUGAAGCUCACAAAACGUCGAAAGAACGAGUAUCCUCAAUUGGCACCGUGCUAUUGCUACUGGAACGCGGUGUAGAUCCCAAGAUCAAAGAAGCUAUACAUGGUAACACUGCUCUACAUCUGGCAGUAUAUUUGCACUGUGAUCCAAACCUCAUAAAGGCUCUCCUCAAAAACAAAGGUUGCGAAGCUGUUAAUAUUAGAAAUGACAGUGGCAACACGCCUCUCCACCUUGCAGCCAUGUCGCAAGUGUCUCUAGAAUGGCAAAGAAAAGUUUGCUGGUAUUUAAUAUUGUACAAGGCAUCAACGAAUAUACAAAACCAUAAAGGCAAAACGCCUUUGGCUGUGGUAUCUUCGGACAGACGCGAAGCGAUUCAAAGGAUCUUUGACUGUAAAAUAUAAAUAAGAUCCAACUGAGCAUUUGCAAUGUUAUGCUGCUCAACGGUUGAACUGACAUGUGCAUUUUGCAUGGGCGCAAUAUACGUACAAAUCGAGGACAUUACAGAAGCAAUAUUCAGUAGGACCAUUGUGAAGUCUUCGGAUAAGCUGUAAAAAUUUUUUGUAAAUAUUAUGUAAUAUGAUUACUAUGUUGCAAGACUAUGGUAUGGACGGAGAAAUGUGUUGUGAGCGAUUAAUAUUAAGAAUGAUAGUAGGCGAGAAUUAUUUAAGGAAUUACUACGCGACGGACUUUUGUAAAUAAAUGUAAAUCAUCAAGUACUUUUUAA